AUGGAGGCUCUUGGUGCAGUGCCAGUUCCUGUGAGCGCGGUGAGUGCCAAAUUCAAGAACUUAGAAAAGGAAGAUCCACUGCUGAAGCCCAAUGCCCGCAGAUGGGUCUUGCUGCCCAUCCAGUACUCUGGCAUCUUUGAAAUGUACAAGAAACAUGAGGCCUCCUUCUGGACUGCGGAGGAGAUCGACUUGGCUGCUGAUGCCAAAGAUUGGCAGAGUCUCACGGAGAAUGAGCAACACUUUGUCAAGCACAUCUUAGCCUUCUUUGCGGCCAGUGACGGCAUCGUCUUGGAAAACUUGGCCACGAAUUUCAGCACUGAGAUCCAGGUUCCGGAGGCCCGAGCCUUCUAUGGCUUUCAAAUGGCCAUGGAAAACAUCCACUCCGAGACCUACUCUCUGCUGAUUGAGCAGUACAUCAAAGAUCCAGCAGAGAAGGAGCAUGUCUUCAAUGCCAUUGCCACGAUGCCAGCCGUUCAGGAGAAAGCGAAGUGGGCAGUCCAGUGGAUGAAUCAGGAAUGUAGCUUCGCAGAACGCAUCGUCGCCUUUGCCGCGGUGGAGGGAGUACUCUUCAGUGGAUCAUUUUGCGCCAUCUACUGGUUGAAGAAAAGGGGUCUCAUGCCAGGGCUUUGCUUCUCGAACGAGCUGAUCUCCAGAGAUGAGGGUCUUCAUGCUGACUUUGCAUGUUUGAUCUAUGGCCUCUUGCAGAACAAGCUUCCUGAGGAAGUUGUUCAUGACAUCAUCAAGGGAGCAGUUGAUGCUGAACGGAAGUUCAUCUGUGAAGCCCUUCCAUGUGAUCUCAUCGGCAUGAACGCAGACCUCAUGGCAACCUACAUUGAGUUUGUUGUUGACCGUUUGCUGUGUGCAUUGGGUCAUUCCAAGCUGUUCAAUGCAGCCAAUCCUUUCGAUUGGAUGGAGCUCAUUUCCUUGCAGGGCAAGACCAAUUUCUUUGAGAAGAGAGUUGGGGACUAUCAGAAAGCAGGUGUGAUGAAUGCACUUGAUCAAGAGUCAAACCGUUUCUCUUUGGAUGCAGACUUCUAGAGUUUCGACAUAUGAUGGAGAUAUGAAGCUACACACAUGGUUUUCUGUGUGAGGUGGCCAGGGGUCCGCACAAAUCGGGUCGGUGCGGUGCAUUCACCCAGGGUUUAUGGCUUCAUUGAUUCAAUGAAGCUCCAGUUUUGGGCACAUGUGCUUGCCUAGAACUGCUGUAAUUCAAUCUUUGAACGAGCACAGCGAGUCUUCGCAUCGCUGACGCCGUGUCACUGGGAACGGGAUUUCCUGUUCCAUUUUCGCCACCGGUCCUCACCUAAGGAUCUACAUCGGCACCGUAUCAUCUUGUAUAGCCAGCGAGAG